AUGAGACCAAGUAGUAUAUUAUCAAAAAUCCAUAUAAAGACUCCUAAACCGGAAUUCCAAUUAUUUCAAUUUCCUAAAUUAUCAGAAAUAUCAUAUAAAGAAUUACCUAAUAAUGGAUUUGGAAUAAAUAAUUAUUAUAUUCCUAAAACUAAAUUUAAUCAUUGGCCAGUUUAUAUCAAGAUUCAAAAUACUAAAAUCACUACUGAAAUCAAAAGAGUAGAAGGUGAUUUAUUAAAAUUACGUCAAGAUUUAUUAAAUUUUAAUCCGAAUUAUAAAUUAACCAUUAAUUCAACUGCAGGAAUUAUUAAUAUCAAAGGUGAUGUUGUUGAAGAAAUUAAGAGUUAUCUUGAUAAAAAUUCUAGUUCAACUUAA